GUUUAGUCGCUCAGGGGGCUUCUAGUAGGCUACGAGAGAGGACCCCUGCCUGAUGCGCGCAUAGGCUACAUAAGUGGUGGGCUUUGCAGUCUGUGAAGGCAAGUGUAUCACCAUAAUCAACCUUAUAUGGGGAGGAUCUUCUACUUGCUUGGCUGCAUAAAUCAUAAUCAAGAUGAAGACGUGAUCAUAGCGCAUUCGGCAUCGUUCGAGGCAUCGGUAUACCAUUAAGUUCUGACGCGCACGAUAGAACCGUGGACUCCGGGCACGGCUACAGAGGUGGUAGACUGCUAGGCGGAGGCUGGAGGCGAAAACAGACAUAUUGUAAUGCUAUUCAUCAAACUGAUCACAAUGAAGCGCAGAAGGAUUGUGGUCGCGGCAGGCUUCUGUCUUGCCUUCUUCCUUGGUACACUGAUGAAUUUGCUGUACAUACCAGGGUUUGAGCACCGUCAGAACCACGACCAUAGAGUACAUCGGUACUACCACGAAAAACAGCAGCGGGUUACAGGCGAUUCACAGCUUCACGUCGGCGAGUCAGUCACUGAAGCGGUGGCCGAGUCCAAUAGUAAACCUGCCGUAGGAAGCAGGCAUCAUCAGGACCUUCUGCUGCAGAUACGAGAAAGAUUCGAUGAGGUUGUGCGGUACCGUCAGCGCCAAGCACAUGGGUCUGGCACCGGAGACCCAGUCCGCCAGCUGGAGAGACGGAGGCUCAUGGAUUCAGAGCCAGGGGACAAUUGGGACCCUGUCAAAGUAAUUGAGCGAACCGAUAACCGACAGACGCGUUUUCAAAAUCGACCUUCACCUUCCAUAUACAUGCACACAGCAUCACGGAAAGAUUUCACUAUGACUUUGAGCAGCGUUAACGGUACUCGGAUGCUUGGCUGCAGCAGCAUAGACAACGUGACCAAUGUUCAGUACCUCGGCUCAGGCUACACAAAGGCUGUCUACAAGGCGUCUCUCAACAACAGCUUGUCGGUGGCUCUGAAAUCGGUGGAUUUCGGGGGACACGAUAUGGAAAAUUGCGUAAAGAAAUAUGGUUCACCUGGAGACUGCUACAGACUGGCGUCCUUCAAAAUAGUGAAAGAAAUGACGCUAAUGGAAAGGCUUCAGCACCCCAACAUUCUAAAGUUGUACGGCUACUGCUACCAAGACAGCAAUGACAUCCAGGACACAGUGACAGCCAUCACAGAGCUGGGAAGUCCUCUGGAGAUGAUCCAACUACUGCAGACCUCCUGGGAGGAACGCUUCAGGAUCUGUCUGAGUCUAGUGCGUCUGCUCCACUACCUGGCCCACUCCCCUUUGGGCUCUGUCACCCUGCUGGACUUCAGGCCUCGCCAGUUUGUCCUGGUGGCUGGGGAGCUCAAAGUCACAGACCUGGAUGACGCCAGCACAGAGGAGGCCCCCUGCUCCCCCUCCAACUGCGUCAUGGAGUUUCCCGCCCGCAACUUCACCCUCCCCUGCAGCAGAGGGCGCUGCUUGGGCAUCAACGAGAAGCGCAACCUCUACAACGCCUACAGGUUCUUCUUUACAUACUUGCUGCCUCACAGUGCCCCACCCACUCUAAGACCCCUACUGGACAAGAUAGUCAACUCCACAGGAGAGCUGAUAUGGGGGAUAGAUGAGACGCUGCUUCAGUUGGAGAAAGUGUUGCACCUGUACAGAAAUGGAUUUUACCUGCAGAACAGCACACAGACACACAUAAGAGACUAUAAGCAUGUGGUGGAUGCCUCUAUUCAUGAGGAGAACUACCGCUGCUGGCCAUCCUAUCAGCACGAUGGAUGUCUGCUAUCAGUCUUCAGCAUCACAGAGGCUAUUGGUGUGUGUGAGAGCCACGCCCAGUGCCAAGCAUUUGUACUGACCAAUCAGACCACCUGGACAGGUCACCAGCUUGUAUUCUUCAAGACGGGCACUGCCAGUCUGAGCUCUGCCAAGGGACGGGUCACCUACGUCAGAGUGGGCAGCUGAAUCAAUGGAGGGGGAGGAGACUUAACUGCCAAACCUCGCUCUGAUUGGCUAACCUGCUCAUGGGGCUUGCCCUCACGGCUUAGUGAGUCACCCCAUUGGAUGGGUCGGACAGAGGGAGUUGAAGAUGGAUCCUAGACAACGCCCUCCACGGGACAUAGAGAAGCCCACACCAGCUCACGCUGAAGUGCAAUAAUAUCACUUGGAGAACAAUUUUACAAUAUUGCUCUUCAUAUGUGUUCUCCGAAGGAAAAUGCUGGGUUGUGCAAGGCUAUAGCUCAGGGUAUAGUGGGGUUACCUUCCUAGCUAAGAAGGGUGACAGUGAACGCCUGAGAUUUCCCUCCUGUGCCCCCGAAACAAAAGUAUGUGGACACCUGCUCAUCAAAAUCAUGGGUAUUAAUAUGGAGUUGGUCCCCCUUUGCUGCUACAACAGCCUCCACUCUUCUGGGAAGGCUUCCCACUAGAUGUUGGAACAUUGCUGCGGAGACUUGCUUCCAUUCAGCCACAAGAGUAUUAGUGAGGUCGGGCACUGAUGUUAGGCGAUUAGUCCUGGCUCGCAGUUGGCCUUCCAAUUCAUCCCAAAGGUGUUCGAUGGGGUUGAGGUCAGGGCUCUGUGCAGGCCAAUCAAGUUCUUCCACACCAAUCUCGACAAAUAAUUUCUGUAUGGACCACGCUUUGUGCACAGGGACAUUGUCAUGCUGAAACAGGAAAGGGCCUUCCCCAAACUUUUGCCACAAAGUUAGAAGCACAGAAUCGUCUCGAAUGUCAUUGUAUACUGUAGCGUUACCAUUUCCAAUCACUGGAACUAAAGCCGGGUGUACACUACACGACUUUCAAAAUCCUAACAUCGCUAAACCUCUCACAUUAAACAAACAUCUUUCCUGUAAUUUUCUUUUUGUCUUGCCAACGUAGUGGUGCGCACACAAAAUGAUGUGGCACAGAUGUGGGUCACACACUGUAAGAUUCCUCACUUGGUCUUGAGGAUUAUUGAUACCACAUUGUCUCGCGAAAACAAUGAUGUGAUGAUGAGAUUAGAUUUAAUGUAGCUACAACGAGCUGUGGCCCUAAGCAGCAUCGAAUCUUUUCACGCUCGCCAUACAGAGUUGAAAUAUCUAGCCAACAUUUUGAAUUCAAUAGCAUUGCUUUAGAACUUCAGAGCUGUAACGAUUUGACGCUUUGAUUAAAGGCACACCUUCUCUCAUCACACCUUCUCGAGAGUCUACACAUUAUGGGUGACGCUAAACAACGUCAUCAUCUCACUGGCUUCUUCUGUGGCGUGCUCUCGUCGGUUAUUGCUCGUCACCGUUCUCAAAACAUUUCAUUGCACAUCUCACACAACAAGAGCAUUUCAGAUUGUGUGCCAAUAAAAUGAAACAUGUUUGAGAAUAUGGGGACGUCUGGGACUGCUCAAAGACGAGAUCAGUAGCCCUCAAAUUGCAUCUCUGACCCAUUCACAUUAAACGAGCAUCGGUGACUGCCGCGCGCCCCUUUGUAGGGAUGAGGAUUUAGUCUCCGAUCUCAACAACUUGUCUGGGACAGCUACAUCUGUGUACAUCCGGCUUAUGGGGCCAAGCCCGGACCAUGAAAAACAACCCCAAACCAUUAUUCCUCAUCCACCAAACUUUACAGUUGGCACUAUGCAUUCGGGCAGGUAGCGUUCUCCUGGCAUCCACCAAACUCAGAUUCAUCCAUCGGAGCUGCCAGAUGGUGUAGCGUAAUUCAUCACUACAGAAUGUGUUUCCACUGCUCCAGAGUCCAAUGACGGCGAGCUUUACACCACUCCAGCCGACGCUUGGCAUUGGGCAUGGUGAUCUUAGGCAUGCAUGCUGCUGCUCAGCCAUGGAAACCCAUUUCAUGAAGCUCCCAAUGAGCAGUUCCUGUGCUGAUGUUGCUUCCAGAGGCAGUUUGGAACUCGGUAGUGAGUGUUGCCACCGAGGACACCAUUUUUAUGCGCUAUGCGUGCGCUCUUCAGCACUCGACGUUCCCGCUCUGUGAGCUUGUGUGGCCUACCACUUCGCGGCUGAGUUGUUGGUACUCCUAGACGUUUCUACUUCACAAUAACAGCACUUAUAGUAAUCCAUGGCAGUUCUAGCAGGACAGAAAUUUGAUAAACUGACUUGAUGGAAAGAUGGCAUCCUAUGACGGUGCCACGUUGAAAGUCACUGAACUCUUCAGUACGGGCCAUUCUACUGUGAAUGUUUGUCUAUGGAGAUUGCAUGGCGGUGUGCUCAAUUUUAUACACCUGUCGGCAACGGGUGUGGCUGAAAUAGCCGAAUACACUAAUUUGAAGGCUGUCCACAUACUUUUGUACCUUCACAUGGAGUCUGGUCAAAAGGAUCUCCUUAUGGUACUGUAGCAUGUUUUAUCAUUGUCUGUGAAGGUUUCAAGCCAGCCUCUAUACAAACCUUCAGCCAACCAUCGAACGUGAGGAAAGGUACUCACCGGGACAAACAUUUUCCAAAAAUAAGGGGUUUACCUCAAGAUUUUUUUUUAAAUAGUACGUCUUCAUACAAUGUUCAGGCUUUUUUUCCAGAUGGAAACAAAGGUAUUGGCAAAGGACUGAUGUUUCAGCCUGAGCCCUUAUUUUUAGAUGAUCUAAUGCUGAGUGUUACUCAGACCUUCUCCCUCCUCCCUUAUCCCCUCACCUGUCUCUCUUUCUCUGUUUCCUUUCCUUUGUAUUAGACCCACAGCACUUUCUCUUUUCAAACAGGGUUCCUCUAUGCUUUCAAUAAGCAUCUCAGAAAGUGUGAUUGAUUCCAAAUCUUAGUGAACGAAGAAUCUGCGCUUAUAACACAGAUGAUUGUUACAACUGAGUUAUCAAAUAAAAUAUUAUUUUUCAAUCCAAUGUUGACGGAGAUGAAGAAAUUGUUCUCAUAUCGACAAAUCAAGGACUCAUUUGGAAUAUUGUGUCAUUGUUGAUUUUGCAUGUUGACCAAAUGUAAUGUAGUGUAGAGACCUCCUUGGGAGGGUACAUUUUUAUGGUGUAUUUUAUGGUGUAUUUAUUGAGAGUGUGUGCCACUCCUGGGUCGUAUUCAUUAGGUACCAAACGAAAGACAAUUGACUAAAACAGGGAGGACCUACCCAAACUUGUCCAAUAAAAACUCAUUUUUGUUUUACAUUGCAGAAACUUUGCUACGGUUUGCUCUAAUGAAUAUGACCCUGGGUUUAGAGCGACCAAAGCAGGAAGUGAGCUUGCUCUAUUCUCAUUUCCUAAGGAAAUGUGACAUUAACCUUCAACAGACAGUAUCAAAGAGACAUCGCUUUCAGUGAAAGCACUCCUUGUGAAAAGAAUGAAUCAAAAGUGAAUUCUACAAAAGCAUUAUCACUUUGUAUCCAUUGUUCAUUGUUACUUUUUGAAGAUAACGAUGAGAUGGCUAUUUUUAUAUGAAAAAAUAAAACCUUGUGGCAAGUGA